GAAAUCCUUACCUCCGAUCUGAGUCCAGUUGUUACCGGCCAGGUGACUUCACUCUCCCAGCUGCCUGAGAUCUUCCCCGAUCAAGCUCCCUUCCUGGUUCGGCUCUCGCUCUUCUUCGGCCAAACACGAUUGGCUCUGCUGUUUGAUCCCGCGCACACUACCGAAGAUCCAGCUCUCUAUGCCAAUUUCCUGCCGGCCAAUCCACUGGCUGCGGCAGCUCCACUGGCUGAACUGACACGUUUGCGACGCAUGUAUGGCAGUGUUCCGGAGGAUGAGGCGGCUGCCCUGUUCCUACAAUGCGUUCAGUACUUCCUCAAAUGUGAGUCCUCUGUCUUUUAA